AUGGCUUCACGAUCUGAAGAGGAUCUCUGCUGCCCUGUAUGCUGUGAUAUCUUUAAAGAUCCUGUUGUCCUGUCAUGCAGCCACAGCUUCUGUAAAGACUGUCUGCAGAACUGGUGGACAGAGAGACCAGCACAGAAGUGUCCAGUUUGUAAGAGAAGGUCAUCGAGGAACGAUCCACCUUGCAACUUGGUUUUAAAGAACCUGUGUGAGGCCUUCUUACUGGAGAGAGAACAGAAAGCUUCAGCAGAGUCAGAGACUCUCUGCAGUCUGCACUCAGAGAAACUCAAACUCUUCUGUCUGGACCAUCAGCAGCCGGUGUGUGUCAUCUGUCGGGAUUCAAAAACACAUGCUGAUGACAAAGUCAGACCCAUCGAUGAAGCUGCACAGGAUCACAAAGAGGAACUGCAGGAAUCCCUGAAGCCUUUACGGGAGAAACUGAAGCUGUUUGAACAAGUUAAAGGAAACUGUGAUCAAACAGCAGAGCACAUUAAGGUCCAGGCCCGACACACAGUGAGGCUGAUUAAGAAGCAGUUUCAGAAGCUUCACCAAUUUCUACAAGAGGAAGAGAAGGCCAGGAUCUCUGCUCUGAGGGAGGAAGAGGAGCAGAAGAGUCAGGUGAUGAAGGAGAAGAUUGAGGCUCUGAGCAGAGAGAUAGCAGCUCUUUCAGACACAGUCAGAGCCACAGAGGAGGAGCUGAGAGCUGAAGACAUCUCAUUCCUGCAGAGCUACAAGGCUGCAGUGGAAAGAGUCCAGCAGCGCCCCCUGCUGGAUGAUCCACAGCUGCCCUCAGGAGCUCUGAUAGAUGAGGCCAAACACUUGGGCAACCUGACCUUCAACAUCUGGAACAAGAUGAAGGACAUGGUCUCCUACACUCCUGUGAUUCUGGAUCCAAACACUGCUCAUCCAGAACUCAUCCUGUCUGAAGAUCUGACCAGUGUGAGAUGUGGAGAGAAACAGCAGCUUCCUGACAACCCAGAGAGGUUUGAUUAUUACUACUCUGUCCUGGGCUCUGAGGGCUUUAAGUCAGGGACUCACAGCUGGGAUGUUGAGGUUGGAGACAGUCCGAUCUGGGUUGUGGGUGUAGCAGCAGAAUCUGUGCAAAGACAGACAGACACAGCUUUACAAUCUGGAUUAUGGAGAAUGCUGUUUUGUAACAAUGAAUACACAGUGUGCUCACUACCAGGUGCUAACACUGUUCUUUCAGUGAAGAAGAAGCUCCAGAAGAUCAGAGUUAAACUGAACUGGGAAAGAGGACAACUGUCUUUCUCUGAUGCUGAUACUGACACACACAUACACACCUUCACACACACUUUCACUGAGAAGCUGUUUCCAUACUUUAACACAAACCAAGAAUUGCCACUGAAGAUAUUACCAGUGAAUGACUCUGCAGAAAGCAAAGUGUACAGUAGUUGGUGGCCUCUCAGUUAUUUUGGACUUAAAUAAUGCCAGGUUUAGGAUCCAGUGCUCAGUUUUCCUCUCCAGAGAACCGGGAUGGAGUUCUGUUUAUUUUGACAAAAAAGUGGACUCAAUUGGCCGCAUUCGCUAAUAUGUGUGAAGAGACGUUCUUACUCUGCGCAUAAAAUAAGUGCAGUGAAUCAGAAUUAUUCUAAACCAAUUAAUAAGUCAGCUGCAAAUGAACGUAUGUGCAGUAUUCCUAGCGGAUUUUAUUUUUACUAAUAAUUGAUGAGGAUGAAAGGGUGUCAAUACAUUUGACCAAUACAUUGGUUAAUUAAUGGUUCUAAAUACUGUAUAAUAAAGCCUUGUUAAGUAAUUACGGUUUUGAUUAGGGAUGCACAAUAAUACUGGCACAUCAUCAGUAUCAGCUGAUAUUGCCUUUAAAAUUCGGAAUCGAAAUUGGCCAACAUGCUUUUUCUUAUUUCACACUAUGAACCAAUAUUGCGUACAUUAAAAAGCAUUGUAUUUCAUGUCUCCAUCUGCUGGUGGGCCAUCACAAUAAGAGUAUGCUUGCAUAAUAUGAUAUUAAUUCUACUA